AUGGCUUCAAACGGAUUAUAUCGUCCUAGAAGUGCACUAGCACGCGCUUUUUAUGAAAAACAACUGAACGAUAGACAGCUUGAAGAGUUCGACCAAACAGAGUGGUAUCGAAUAGACACCAGUAGAAUUAGCGAAGACCUUCAAAAGAAGUUUGUGCAACUUCACUGCGAUGAAGAAACGAAGGAAUUCUUAUCAUCGUCUAUCGAUAAGUCCUCGUGGGUCUGGACGCAAAUAUGGUAUCUGCUUGCGAAAGCUGUUCUCAAGCACUUCUGGUCCAUUACCGACAUCAAUGGUUGGUUGGGUCGAGGUUCGAUGUUCGUGCUGUCGGAGGCACAGGCGCGACGGCUGCUGAGUGCCGCGGGCACGCAGUUCGGUGGUGGCGCGCUCGUCGACGUGGGCGCCGGCGACGGAGAGGUCAGCCGCCGCUUCGCGCACCUCUUCAGCGCCAAGUUCGCUACAGAGAUAUCCUCAACUAUGAGGAAAGCUCUCAACAGUAAAGGAUACACGCUGCUGGACACGGAGCAGUGGUGGCGCGGCGAGUUCUCGUGCGUGUGCGCGCUGAACGUGCUGGACCGCUGCGCGCGGCCUCGCGCCAUGCUGCGCCACGCGCGCGCCGCGCUGCUGCCGCACGGCCGCCUGCUGCUCGCGCUCGUGCUGCCCUACAAGCCCUACGUCGAAGUGACACCGGACCACAAACCGCUGGAGCGACUGCCCAUCCAGGGCACAACGUUCGAAGAACAAGUGGCGUCGUUCGUAAGCUUCAUGCGUGAAAUGGGUUUCGAACUCGCGGCCUGGUCUAGAGCGCCGUACUUAUGUGAGGGUGACUUCGUGCAGGCCUACUACUGGCUGGACGACUCCGUGUACGUGUUCACGCCUAUUCAGGAGGCCACGUGA